GAGAGGGGGUGUGAGGGGUGUUCAGUUCCGUGCAUGGUGGUGUAGGUCUUCACGCCUCGACUGACAUUCUGAAAGCGUCUUCAACAUCUUCAUGUGAAAUAAAAAUGUGGUGUGUUGAACAAACCCUGGAUCUUAUUACAAUAUUGACGCUUGUCUGCCAACUUCCCUUAACACGGGCAUCAGUUGUUGAGGUGAUGUACCCAAAGAAAGAGAUAAAACUGAUUGAGGGCAGCAGCAUAAAACUGAAUUGUACGGCAGUGUAUCAGCCGAAGAAUUGCACAACGCUGUCAGUCUACUGGUGCAGAAGAUUGGAGACGAAUCCGUGUCAGAGUCUAUCUGAACCAGACAGACAACUCAUCACUAUGAAUGAGACAGCUGACCCACAGAACAACAUACGAUACAGAGAUGUGAUGUUGGAGAUGUGGAAUAUAUCUGCAAAAGAUGCUGGGUUAUUUCAGUGCCAGGCCAACUGUGCGAAUUCAAGUGCUAACGGCCACUUCAUCACUCUGAACAUUGAUCGGACCUCAGCAGGAAGUACUCCAAAGCCAGCUAACUGCUGUGGGUCAAAACAGACUGACCUAAUAGUCCUAUUGGUGGCUACUGUGGCCACACUCUUCCUGUGGCUGGAGUGUCAGAGUGUGCCUUGAAGCUGCCUGACAGAGGGUCACAACGGAAGACUCCCAUGAAACUAAACAGCACUGUAUACAUCUUUAGUUAUGUACAGUUGCAUCUUACAAAAUUCAUGGUAAAGCUCAUUUUUUCAGUAAUAUAGCAUUGCAAAACUUUUGUAUAAUAUAGAUUCAUUACACAAAGUGAAUCAUGUCAAGACUUUUUUUGUUUGUUUUAAUCUUGAUUACGGUUUAUGGCAAAUAAGAUAGGCCUAUAUUAAAAUAAAGAAUUUACGAUGUAAAAAUGUUGACCAGAGAUAAGCUCUCACCAGCUAAUUAAGUAAGGCAAUGGUUUCCUGAGCCUUUAAUCUGUCUGGGCAGGACAAUAGACUCUUCAAUUAUAUUUUUAAUUUUUUAGAUGCAUUUGUAUGCCAUUUUAUGUUUCACAUAUACGAUCACAUUAGCACUGUUACCGUUAUUUGUUAGCUGCCUUUAAACAUCUAGUUUUACCUACGGGUUAUUUUUCCUGUGAAGUCCACCACACUGGCAUGUCAACUGUUGAAAGUGGAAACCUUUUCUUCACUUAUGAAUUUUAUGUGCAUGCCAUUUUACCUACAGUCAAAGCUGUCUCCCACAGUACAAUCAAUGUUGAAAUGUGAACAUGAUUGAUAAAUGCAAUGUUGUUUUCAUGCAAGAAUAAUUAAUAACUGCACAACCAUUAAUAA